GAAAGGGGGGAGGGUUAUGAAAGCUGAAAAGUCAGUAGUGCUCGCUAUAUAGCUUCAAUGCCUGUGAUUUGAAUUCUGCCUCAACAGAGUAUUAGUCUCAGUGGGCAGGAAUCUUAAUUCAGCCGCGUAAGGUGCUCCUAGGAACAGAGGGAUGAAACUUCAUGCAAACGAUGACGUGGAUUUUCAUCCACGAAAGCUGAAAUCCUUUAGGAAAAGAAAAGAGUAAAACUUGUGUCCUACAAGUUACUACCACCAAGGUAGAUUUCCUAGAUUCCACUCGCCAAUAGCGCGAGCAGAGGAUGAAAAAAAAAAAAAAAAACAACGGGGCGUUUUGCUCUUUGGCUUACAAUCCCCGCUUCAAAAUUUCCCCUGUUCCGGGCAAGAACCGGUAUCAUUCCCAAACCCAAAAUGGCCGCGGCGCCGGCAAAUUCAAUCACGUGGGUUUUUGCGCUUUCCUUAGCUGUCACUCUCUCGCGAUCUUGCUCGGUGUUGGCGGAACAGUCACCUACUCUCGAGGGGGAGAUGGGGGGGGAAAUCCUCUGUUUCUUCGGCACCUAAUCGACCCUUCCUCGUAGGGUCCGUCGCCGAUCGAGUAAAAUAGAGAAGAAAAUGAGUUCACGCGGCCCGCAUUUAUCUCGAGCUGUAGCUUAGCUAAGGCCAAGCCUGUCCUCAAAAGGAGGAAGGGGCGUUAUAGGACAGGUGGGAGCUUUCCCGGGUGGCUGAGUGUAAUCCCCUCUGCUGUGUUACCAUGCCUGUGGCGGCUCCGAUCAUCAGCUCUGUGCAAAAACUGGUGCUGUACGAAACUAGAGCUCGAUAUUUUCUUGUUGGAAGCAACCACGCAGAAACCAAAUAUCGUGUUUUGAAAAUCGAUCGUACAGAACCCAAGGAUUUAGUUGUUAUUGAUGACAGGCAUGUAUAUACCCAGCAAGAGGUGAGAGACCUACUAGGCCGUUUAGAUCUGGGCAAUAGGACAAAAAUUGGACAAAAGGGCUCAUCUGGAUUAUUACGUGCUGUCUCUGCUUUUGGGAUAGUAGGUUUUGUCAGAUUCUUAGAAGGUUAUUACAUUGUGCUUAUUACAAAGAGGAGAAAGAUGGCAGAUAUUGGAGGACAUGCAGUAUAUAAAAUAGAAGAUACAAAUAUGAUCUACAUUCCAAAUGACUCUGUGCGAGUGAGUCAUCCUGAUGAAGCAAGAUACCUCCGAAUUUUUCAGAAUGUGGACCUCUCUAGUAAUUUUUAUUUCAGCUAUAGCUAUGAUCUGUCCCACUCCCUUCAAUAUAACCUUACUGUUUUGAGAAUGCCUCUAGAUGUACUUAAAAAAGAAACAACACGAACUCGUCAAGAGUGUUUUGAUAUUUUUGAAGAUGAGGGACUUGCUACUCAAGAUGGAAAUUGUGUAUUUGGAAUUUGCAGUGAACCUUACAGAAAAUAUGUAUGGAAUGGGAAAUUGCUUGAUGUUGUCAAAACUACAGUUCAUCGAGACUGGCUUUUGUAUGUUAUUCAUGGAUUUUGUGGGCAGUCGAAACUGCUUAUUUAUGGUCGCCCAGUGUAUGUCACUUUAAUAGCCAGAAGAUCAAGUAAAUUUGCUGGAACACGGUUUCUAAAGAGAGGAGCAAACUGUGAGGGAGAUGUAGCAAAUGAAGUAGAAACUGAGCAAAUACUUUAUGAUGCUUCAGUAAUGUCAUUUUCUGCUGGAAGCUAUUCAUCUUAUGUCCAAGUGCGAGGUUCAGUCCCUCUGUAUUGGUCUCAAGACAUAUCGACUAUGAUGCCUAAGCCACCAAUUACACUGGAUCAGGCAGAUCCAUUUGCUCAUGUAGCUGCUCUUCACUUUGAUCAAAUGCUCCAGAGAUUUGGCUCUCCGAUCAUCAUUUUGAAUCUUGUGAAGGAACGUGAAAAAAAAAAACAUGAAAGGAUACUAAGCGAAGCGCUUGUUGCUGCUGUAACGUACCUCAAUCAGUUUUUACCUCCUGAACAUGCUAUUGUAUACAUUCCUUGGGAUAUGGCCAAAUACACAAAGAGCAAACUGUGUAAUGUCCUUGAUCGACUGAAUGUGAUUGCCGAAAACGUGGUGAAGAAAACUGGUUUCUUUGUAAAUCGAUCUGAUUCCUUCUGCAAUGUUUUGCGACCAGAUGAAAAAUGGAGUGAACUAGGAGGAUUUGUAGUUUCCAAUGGCCGUUUACAGACAGGAGUUCUUCGAACCAAUUGUGUGGACUGCUUAGAUCGCACGAAUACAGCCCAAUUUAUGGUUGGAAAGUGUGCUUUAGCCUACCAACUCUAUUCCUUGGGAUUGAUUGACAAACCCAAUCUUCUAUUUGACACAGAUGCUGUUAGAUUAUUUGAAGAAUUAUAUGAAGAUCAUGGGGAUACAUUGUCACUCCAGUAUGGUGGCUCUCAACUGGUUCAUAGAGUAAAAACUUACAGAAAAAUAGCACCCUGGACCCAGCAUUCUAAAGAUAUUAUGCAAACUCUUUCAAGAUACUAUAGCAAUGCUUUUUCAGAUGCUGACCGGCAAGAUUCUAUUAACUUGUUUCUAGGAGUAUUUCAGCCUGAAGAAGGGAAGUCUCAUCUCUGGGAACUUCCUACUGAUUUUUAUUUACAUCAAAAGGAUGCAAUGAAUCUUCUCCAGACAAGGCGAAGCUACACUUUUUGGUGGACUCCUGGUGUUUUAAAGUAUUUGCCACUGCCUUUUGAUGAAGUGACAUGUGCUGAAAACCAGAGGAAGCUAAUAGUGAAGAGAUUUCAUAGGUUUGAUGAAGAGAUUGACAUUCAUAAUGAUUUUUUUCGACCGUAUGAACUCAGCAGUUUUGAUGAAAUCUUUUGCUUGGCAAUGACAAAUUCAAUGCGAGAUUUUAUGCCCAAGAAUGUUCCCAUUGAUCCCAGCCCAUUUACUGUACGUAAACCAGAUGAAACUGGAAAAUCUGUUUUGGGAAACAAAAGCAACCGAGGAGAAGAAACCGUACUGCAACGUAAAACGGCUGCUAGUGCUCCUCCGCCCCCCAGCGAGGAGGCCGUGUCCAGCAGCUCUGAGGAUGAUUCUGGAACUGAUAAAGAAGACGAGGGUGCCACCUCUCAGCGUUCAACACCCGUGAAAAUAUCAGAUACUGGAGACAAUACCAAAAUAACAGAAAAUGUAGUGCAACCUGCCAAAGAUGUCUAUUGGAUUAAUCUUUCAGAAUCUCCUUCAGAAGAUGAUCUCAGCAUAUAUACAAGGUUUGUUCAGUUGGGACAGAGUCAACAGAAGCAAGAAAAAAGUUCCCAAACUUUCUGCCCUAAAAACCUAGAUGGAGUUAUACAUUUAACACCCAUCUCUGCCUUCUCCCAAGACAACAUUUAUGAAGUUCAACCACCUAAAGUAGACAGGAAAUCUAUUGAGAUUUUUCAUGCUCACAUCCAAGCAAGCAAGGGUAUUAUGCAGCCUUUGGGAAAAGAUGACAUCUUCCUGUACCGAGAGUAUAUUAGAAACAGAUACCUGUGAAAAAAUGACAGUGCUCAUCUCUUCUGAAUGUAACUGCACUGAAUCUUAGAUAGGUGUUGCAAGGAAAGUUAGGAGGAAAGUACCAUGAAUGUCUCUUAUAUGUAUUUCUUCUUCCCACAACUCCAAGGAGGAGAGAUGACUUAUUUCUUAAUGGCUUUGUGGUACUAAUACAAAUAAUGUGAAGUGCAAAUAAUUAGUUAAAAAAAUGAACUGAAUAUAACUAUUGAAAAUGAUUGAGAUUAUUAAAGAUUUUGAUAAGCAGUAUUGUGUACAAAUGGAAGUGCAUACACAUAUUGUAUGUGUACAUACAUGUAUAGAUAUCUGUAAGUAAAUUUAGAUGCACAAUUCAACAUAGUUAGGGAGCGAAAAGUUGCCAUCUAAUUAAAUUGAACUUCAACCUUUAUGCAUGCCCAAAGUCCCAGCAACAUGCCUAAAAAGAUCUAAAAACAUGUUCGCUAUAAAGUAAUUUCUAAUAAUUUUCUAUUAGAGGUCAGGGUAAGGAAAUUUUUAUUUGAUAAAGAAGAGAGGUGUUGUGUAAUUUAUUAAAUGUAGUAGAGAAAAUUGGAUAAUGAAAUGUCUGCAAACAUACAAUCAGCUCAGAGAGCAUCAAGGACUCCAUAGUUUCUAAUUUACUGUCCUCAUCUUCAUUAGACCCAAUUGAUUAGAAAAUAAAAGGAAUGCUUAGCAAUUUUUGGGCAUUGCAAACAGGAGAUUUUGCCAUUUGUGUUUCUGUGAGAGCACAACUUGCAGAUUCAAUCCCACAUCUUCACUCAAACAAGUGCAUUAGGCAUGGCAGAAGACAAUUUUGUUGCCAUCUACUAUGAAGGCCUUGGAAUUGUUGUACAAGCUUCAGAGAUGGAUGUCAGUUUCUAUUGCAUCUGAAUCGCAAUCAUAUGACCAUGGGACCACUGUAAGUCCCCCUCAUUAAAUUUUGAAUGGUCGCUGAAUGAGUAGUUAUAAUCUGAGGUUUACUUGUAUCAAUAUGAAUCUUUUAUAGAGAUUGUGCACCAGAUACAAUGGUUCACUCCACAUUGUCUUCUAAAGUAGUGUGUGAUGUAUUUCCGAUAUAAUCUAUGAAACGUCUGUUCCUUAUGAAUAAUACCAACUUACAGUAAUAAUGCCAAAUAACAAUUAACACCAAGAUUAAUAUCAGACCAACAAUCAAGAAGUAAACAAUACCCCAAUCAAGGAACUGCCAAACAUAUAACAGUAAACAGCCCAACCCAAGAACCACCAAGACCACUCUCUACUAACACUGACAGGGCAAGCCACUGGAAUAUAAAUUGAGAACAAACCUCACUCUUUACUAGCACUGAUGAUGUUAUCUAGUUUGGGUAAACCCUAAGCUACAAAUAUUCUCCUUUAUCAGACCUGUUGAUACAAUUGAGCAACACUGUUUGACUAUAGAAGAAAUUAAUGUAGCUUGGAAACAAUAUACUGAGAAGUUGCUUGCAAGAUUGUUUGAUAUUAAAGCAGAAGAUAUAGAAAACAACAAAUUUUAUUGGAUAAAACUGACUGAUUUGAUUUUUUAAAAAAAUGCUGCAUUACAAAAGCAAUAAGGAAAAUGAUGCUCUAGAUCUGGCAAAAUUGUUUUACAAAUGAAACCAGUUGAUGUUUUAAUAAUUAAAGGGGAUUAAGUGUCAAGAUCAUCCAGAAAAUAGCGCACCAAGCAGCAGGAUGAAUAUUUCUCCUGCCAACAAACAACUGGUUUUGCUUCCAAAGCUGGCUCUUUGGGAGUGCGCUUCCCAGAUUUGAACUAUGAAAGACUCAAGACAACUCAUACAACUGUGUACUUGCCUGAGAAUAGGAAGCUAGACGAUUGCACUUCUCCAUAAGAGCGACCACAGGGUUGAGUCUCCAUCUUUUCCUAUCAGCAUUUGAUGUUUUUUAAGGUGUGCUUCAGUUUUAAAUAUUAUGUUUUGAACAUUUUUUUUGCUUUUGACCUAUAUUUUUAAUUAAUUGAACGUUGGUUUAUUUUAUACCCCCUUGCUGGACUGUGAACAUUUUACUUUUUUAUUGCUUUGCUUUGGAGUCAGGAAACAUUUUAUUUUUGCUAUGUGGAAGGUGACAGCACAAAGACUUUCUCCUUGGUAAUGAAAGUGAUCUGAUUUGAUUUAUAUCUGCACCAGUCUACUGCAAGGAUUUUAUAUUUUACUAGUUUUUAAAAAAAACUUUGCUGCUUUAUUUUGCUUUUCUAUAUAUUUUUGGUCACUUUUUUUUCCUCUGAAGAGAUGGCAAUUUUCUUUCUUUUUUAAACUCUCUAUCACGGGAAAUAUCUUACCUUUUUCUGCAGACAUUUUGUUAUGGAACAUCUGCUCCUUUUGUUUUUGAGAAGAAUUACCUACAUUUUGUUGUGAAAGUCUGGCAAUAAGAGAAAUUUGAAAUAUAUUAAAAAUGAAAACAACAAUAAAUUGAGGAUUAACAGUACAUAUUAUAUACUCUUUAAAAUGCCCACAAAAAGAGAUACAAAAGAAAGGCAAGAGCCAGAUCAAUUUAAUGUCAAAGCCUUCUUGGAAACCUUCAAAAAACAGAUGCUUUUCAACUUACAAGCUCUGAAUGAAAAUUUAGAGAAAAGGUUUGAUGAUUUAACAACAGGCAUAAAUCAACCUAAAGAUGAUACUCAGAUAUAGUUAAUAGCAGCUACAGUACACUUGCGGUUGGGUGGAUUGGAAGUCAGUUUGCUGACAGAAUUAAAGGAGGAGCUUUGUUUAACAAUUGCAGGUUUAUUAGAGAAGGCUGAAAGGGGUAUGAAUUUAAAAGGCUUAGAGAUGGCAAUAUGGAUUGGCAAUGAACUUGACUUUCUUAAGAAAACUGAUGGAAAUUGUGGAAUAGAUGAAUUAUAUUCAGUCAGAAGAUAACUGUUAAAGACAUGUUGUGGUUCAACUUGCAUGAAAAACUACUGAACAACAAGUGUUGUGGAGAUACAACAGAGAACUAUGAUUUUGGGGAACGAGAUGCAAUUGUUGGAAAAGAUCUCAAUUAUAAUUUUAAGAAAAAUGUUUAUUAUUAAGCAUCAAUUGAAAAUACAAAUCAACGAUAAUGAUUGCAGUGGUUUAUGGUAGAUUAGAAGCCUUUGUGGACUUCCUGCAUGUGAAAUACAAUAAUAGAUUAAUAACAGAGGACUUUGAAGUUUAGUUUUGUUGUUGGCUUUAUCUGUUAACUCCCGCCCCCAGUAAAUAGAUGGUAGGUCAGAUUAGCUUGACAAAUAGAGCUGUAGAAAUUUAUGAACUAUAGACCUGUUUUACAAGGGAGAAAAUUAUUGUUGAAAUGUAUCUAUCGGGGGUACAAUAUAUGUAUAUGUUUUUAAUGCACUUUUUUUGUCUUAUAUGGUUUUUGCUUUGUUGUUUCCCUUUUUUCUGUUGAAGUUUGUAUUUUAAGUUUGAAAAUAAAAUUAAAAAAUAAUUAAAAAGUCAUGCAAAUAAUAAAUCAGAAUAAAGACUCGGAAGGCCCUCUCCUGUUGGGUUUACAAAAAGAAGUUGUUCAACUAAUCAAACUGUUCCUACGAGUAGAUAAAGAGAAAUUAUUCAAGCUAUUCCUAAAAGAAGACAAAUAAAAAAAUGAUAACUAA